GCCCCGCUCCCCGGCUUCCGCCGCCCCAGUUCCGCCGCGGGAGCCGAGACGGCCGCGCUCCGAGACGCGCCGCCGCGGACGGGCGAGGUCAGCGUGCGCCGCCGCGGGCGGGGCCUCGGGCGGGCGGCGGGGGUCCCGAGCCGAAGCUCCCGCGGCCUUUGCGCGCGUGUCCGCGUGGGCCGCCGCCGGCCUCCUCGCCUCCUCGCCGGGCCCCGGAACCCGCGUCCCCCCGGCGCCCCGAGCGCGGCCGGCCGGCUUCGGUCAGGUCUUUGCUGUGACGUGUUGUGAGGCCGACGGACGCUGCGCCCGGCGCCCCCGGCCUCGUGGGCCCUCCCGGUGUGGCCGCCCGGAGCCCACGCCCUGCAGGGGGCGCCCCCAUUCUCGCUGGGAGCCGCCCCGGAGCCGCCGCGCGGAGGGUCCCCGAGGGCGCGCGGGAGCUGCCGCCCAGGAUGGCGGGGAAGAGGCCGCGGGGCUCGGGCCGGCAGCGCCGGCUGCUGGGGCUGCUGGUCGCCGUGGCCGCCGUGCACCUGGCCGCCUGCCCCUACACGAAGGUGGAGGAGAGCUUCAGCCUGCAGGCCGCGCACGACCUGCUCUACCACCGGCUGGACGUGGAGCAGUACGACCACCUGGAGUUCCCGGGCGUGGUCCCCAGGACGUUCCUCGGGCCGCUGGUCCUCGCGGCGCUGUCCAGCCCCGUGGUCUGCGCGCUCUCUCUGCUGGGCACGUCCAAGUUCUACUCCCAGCUGACAGUCAGAGCCGUCCUUGGACUCGGGGUGAUCUUUGGACUCUGGACUCUGCAAAAGGAAGUGCGACGGCAUUUCGGGGCCACGGCGGCCACCAUGUUCUGCUGGAUGACGGCCACGCAGUUCCACCUGAUGUUCUACUGCACGCGGACGCUCCCCAACGUGCUGGCACUGCCCGUGGUGCUGCUGGCCCUGGCGGCCUGGCUGCAGCAGCGGUGGGCCCGUUUCAUCCGGCUCUCGGCGCUGGCCAUCCUGGUCUUCCGUGCCGAGCUGAGCCUGCUCCUGGGCCUCGUGCUGCUGCUGCUGCUGUGCACCCGGCGGCUGUCCGUGGCCAGGGCCCUGCGCUGCGCCGUGCCCGCCGGCCUGCUCUGCCUCGGACUGACGGUGGCUGUGGACUCCUGUUUUUGGCGCUACCUUGUGUGGCCGGAAGGAACUGUGCUCUGGUAUAACACCGUCCAGAACAAAAGCUCCAACUGGGGCACCUCGCCCCUGCUGUGGUACUUCUACUCGGCCCUGCCGCGGGGCCUGGGCAGCAGCCUGCUGUUCGUGCCCCUGGGCCUUGUGGACAGAAGGGCCGUGGCCUUGCUCCUGCCGGCACUGGGGUUCGUGGCCCUGUACUCGCUGCUCCCCCACAAGGAGCUGCGUUUCAUCAUCUACACCUUCCCCCUGCUGAACGCCGUGGCCGCCCGCGGCUGUGCCUGCCUGCUGAACAACUGUAAGAAGUCCUGGCUGUACAGAGCAGGCUCCCUCCUCGUGCUUGGGCACCUCGUGCUGAACGCCGCCCACUCGGCCACGGCUCUGUACGUGUCCCACUUCAACUACCCUGGCGGCGUGGCCAUGCAGCGGCUGCACGAGCUGGUGCCCCCCCAGACAGACGUUGUCCUGCACAUCGAUGUGGCUGCUGCACAGACGGGUGUGUCUCGGUUCUUGGAGGUCAACGGCGGCUGGAGAUAUGAGAAGAGGGAGGAUCUGCAGCCUGGGUCGGAGCGCAUGCUGGCCUACACGCACCUGCUCAUGGAGGCGGCCCCUGGGCACCUCGCCCUCUACAGGGACACACACCGGGUGCUGGCCAGUGUCGUGGGCACCACGGGGGUGAGUCUGAACCUGACCACCCUGCCUCCCUUCAGCGUCAACCUGCAGACAAAGCUGGUGCUUCUGGAGAGACGGCUCAGGCCCUCCUGAGGGCACGCCCAGCGCACAGGCACAGCCACACACGCCGUGCCUCCUACACGGGCCCGGAAGGCUGGCCGAAGCCACCCACCACCCCUGAGGCAGGGACCCCACGUGGGCACCGCACACGGAGCAGCCUGGGCACAGCCAGCUACCCUGGGAAGCUGCUUUGGGGGGGCAGCCACAUCUGCUGCCCGGGGGCCUGACCACCUAGCAAGUGCAGCCUUUGGGAAGGUCACGUGUCUGUAGCUGUGAAGUCGGAGCCUCCACACCUGCUGGAUGGAGUACCCCCACCUGAAUCCUGCGCUGGACGAGAUUUUCUCCAUCGUCCCAGGGACGCAGUUCCAUCGCGAGGAUAUUUCAGACAUACACGUUCAAGUGGAAUGAGAAUUAAAGUUUGUACAUCUUAGCAAUCUUACAUGUGAUGUUUCCAGAGAGUGCCUUCACCUAGGUUUUAUAUUUUAUUAUUUUUAAUAUAUAUAUAUAUUUUUUAUUUCAGAGAGGAAGGGAGAGGAAGAGGGAGAUAGAAACAUCAAUGAUGAGAGAGAAUCAUUGAUCGGCUGCCUCCUGCAUGCCCCCUCCUGGGAAUCAAGCCUGCAACCUGGGCAUGUGCCCUUGACUGGAAUCGAACCUGGGAUCCUUCAGUCCGUAGGCUGACGCUCUAUCCACUGAGCCAAACCAGCUAGGGCUAGGUUUUAUUUUUAUGUGAUGAACUAGUGGCGUGGUGCAUGGAUUCUUGCACAUUGAAAGGAAAUUAAUUAGAAGAAAUAUUUUAAUAUCGCUAUUCACCCUUUCUCUAUAAUAGAAGUGUCAACCAAAUUCACAAUCAACAAUAACAGAUCGAAACACACGUUUACAAUUGGCGCUAGCGAGAGCUUUAUGUGUAUCGCACGUGCACGAGUCAACUUAGCCUUUUAUACAUAUAGAAUAAACUUGCUUAAUUAGA